AUGGCUAUGAAUUUUGAUUGUAGUGAGAAUGUGCCUUGCAAGAAUAUCAGCUUGAAGAAUAUUGAAUUAAGAACUGCAUCAUCAGUGCAAUCAGUGAGUUCAAACUGCAACAAUGCUUUUGGAUCGGCUGAAGGAAAGGAUUCAUUUGCCAUUGUCUGUAUUUUGAGCCUAGUCUCAUCAAUGUUCAUCGUCGUUCCAAGUAAAAAUUACAAUGUUCUAAGUUAUGGGGCAGUUGGCAAUCGCAAUAAAGAUGACACUCAGGUAUUUAUCAAGGCAUGGACAGACACAUGUCCUUGCAAAUCUAGCCAAGUCAACGUUCAGUUAUCAGGAAAUAUUAUAGCCCCUGAUGAUCCUAACGACUGGAAGGGCCUCAAUUCUGGGAAACGGUUAACGUUUCGAUACGUAGAUGGGCUAACAGUAUCUGGCAAUGGCUUGCUAGACGGACGUGGACAGGGCUGGUGGGAUAUUUCUUGCAGAUACCAACCUGGAAAGGAUCCAUUUACCAUCCUUUGUAUGUUGAGCUUUUUGUCAGCAAGGUUUAAUGUCGUUUCGAGUAAUAAUACUUACGACGUUUUGAGUUAUGGGGCAGUUGGCGAUGGAAAUGCAGAUGAUUCACUGGCAUUUGUUAAGGCAUGGAAUGACACAUGUAAUGAUCCAGACACACCUACCAUGAUCAUUCCUGAUGGAAAGACAUUCUUUGUGCAUCCUAUAACUCUUGUAGGGCCUUGCAAAUCUACCAACAUCAAUGUUCAGCUAUUAGGAAAGAUCAUAGCGCCUGAUGAUACCAAUGCAUGGAAAGGACUAGAGUUUGGAGACUGGUUAGUCUUUAAAUACGUAGAUGGGCUGAUAGUAAAUGGCGCCAGCAGGGGCUUGCUAGAUGGACGUGGAAAGGGGUGGUGGGAUAUUUCUUGCAAAAAUAAUCCUGACAAGCCGGAUUGCAAUAAACUUGCUCCGACGAUUCUCAGAUUUAUUUCUUGUAAUAAUCUUAAAGUGAAUGGAAUUAAUACUACACAAAGUGGUGGAGGUCAUCUUUCCUUCUUUAGCUGCAACAAUGUCGAAGUAGAAUCAGUGAACCUACAAUCACCUGCAAAAAGCCCUAACACAGACGGCGUCCACAUUUCACACACGACUUCUUUUUGGAUUAACAACUCAAUUAUUGCCACUGGAGAUGAUUGCAUCUCUAUGUUGGAUCGCACAUACAACAUUAACAUCACUUACAUUCAAUGUGGACCUGGUCAUGGAAUAAGCAUUGGAAGCUUAGGAGGUUUGGGAGAAAAUGUAGACGUGGAGAACAUAACCAUAAGUCAUAUAGACUUUUACAACACAACCAAUGGGGCAAGGAUCAAGACUUGGAUGGAGGGGACAGGUCAAAUUCAAAACGUUGAGUUCUCUAACAUAAUAUUUGAUGCAGUAGAAAAUCCCAUAAUUAUUGACCAGCAUUACGGUGACCCCAAAAGCACGCCGCCGAAGGACACUGGAAUUCACAUAAGUGAAGUUCGUUACUUUGAAUUAUCUGGGACGUCAAAGACACAAACAGCUAUAAAUUUUAAUUGCAGUGAAAGCGUGGCUUGCACCGAUAUCAGUCUGAAAAAUAUUCAACUGAAAUCUGCAACAUCAGGAGAAUUGGAUUCAAAAUGCAAUAAUGCUUAUGGAAGGGCUGAUGGAGUUCAGGUGCCUAAGCCUUGUCUUCGUUCAAAUUGA